AUCCUCACAACUUGGUCACAAUGGGACUUUUCUCACACCAUCACCACCAUAAUCCCCCUCCUCCCGGUCCCCAGGGGCCCCCUCCUCCUCCAGGCGGCCCCGGGCCCUGGGACCGUCCUGGUGGCCCACCACCACCUGGCCCUCCCGGCCCUCCUCCUCAUGAUCCCAGAGACCCCUGGGCUCGUCCUCCUCCUCCCGGCCCUCCCGGCCCUCCUGGUCCUCCUCCCGAUCAAAGAGACCCCUGGGGUCGCCCCGAUGGUCCUCCCGGCCCUCCUCCUCCUCCGGGACCGAGAGAUCCCUGGGACCGUCCUGGCGGCCCUCCUGGCCCUCCUCCUCCCCCAGGCCCCAGAGACCCUUGGGACCGCCCUGGUGGCCCCCCGGGACCUCCCCCUCCUCCGGGUCCUAGGGAUCCUUGGGAUCGCCCUGGUGGCCCUCAUGGUGGCCCUCCUCCUCCUCCUGGGCCCCCCGGGCCUUGGGACCGUCCUGGUCCUCCUGGUCCUCCUCCCCCUCCGGGACCUCCUGAGUACCGCCGGUGGUAAACGAUCAAUGGUGUCGGUUUGCUAGGAAGUGAUAUUUGUGUUUUACCUGUAUAUAUGCUGUUUUUGGUUGAGAG